UUGAGAAAAAAUUGUUUGUUUCGCUUUUUAGUAAAACAAAAAUUAUUUAAUUUGUGUGUUUUAAAUUACAUUUUACGUGUAAAAGUUGUCUCUAGCACCUCGCACUCUCCCAAAUCUAACAUGAAGUUAACGCCCCUGCUACAAGGCGUUGACAUUGAAGAGGACCUCGGCAUACCUCUCUCCUAUGACGCAGCAUGGAAGAUCUUCAAUCGUUGGCCGCAAGAGGUGCGCGUCAAACACAAGCCUUUGGGACAGAAGAAACCGCCUUCGAAGCAAGCAUUUUGUUUUUGUGCACAGAAGAAUUGCAAUACGCGCUGUCCAUUCUUUGGCCUUUGUAAAAAGAGCGAGAGCAACACAGAAGACAAGCUGCAUGGCAUCAUGUCACACAGGGAGGGCGAGCGCGACGAGUCGGCCUACAAAGGUCUACUACAUAGUCUCAACAAAUGGUAUAAUAGGCGCUGUGCCGCAGGUUCGAGUCAAGUGCUGGACUUGUCGAAGCUGGAACAGUUGAAAAUUAAAUACAAAGUGCCAGCUUAUAGCGUAUGCAGAACGAACUGUAGUGGUAGACGGCGUAGGGAGUGCAAGCCCACUUUCCAUUAUAACAGUAAACAUGCCGCGCAGUCUCAUCCCGUUAGCGACGCCAGCUCUUCGGGUAAACGCAAAAAGCGUAGCAAAACUAGCGAUUUGAUGGACACCAGUGAGCUCUAUUAUACAAUUGAGAAACAGUUACGCAAUCUGAGCGUCAGUCAAUCGCGUCUGAAGCAAAUGAGCGUCAGUCUCUGUCGGUUGGCGUAUGCUAAGAAACGCGGCUCUGCAAGGAAGUUGAAGCCGAAGGUAUACAAGCGUAGAGAAAGCCGAAAUCGCUAUCGCUAUGACAUACCUAUUGCGUGUAAUAGCACGAGUGAUAGCUGCGGCUAUACCGACACGGGUAAAGUAACUGUAAAUGAGCGGAAAAAGUGUAGCAAGUUGAUUAAGAAGAGCAAAUUUGUAAAGUCCAGCGAUACCAGUAAGAGCGGCAAGAUGAGCGAUAGUAGUAAGUCUAGCAAAAGCACGAGCCAAACUGAUAAGAGCGACUCAAGUAAGCGUAGUAAGGCGAGCAAAACUAGCAAAACAACCGAUAGCAGCAAGGAUACGAAUAGUAGUAGAACGACGGAGAGUAGCAGAGCCACAAAGAGCAGCAGAACGACGGAGAGUAGCAGAGCCACGAAGAGCAGCAGAACGGCGGAGAGUAGCAGAGCCACGAAGAGUAGUAAUGUUACGGAGAGUAGCAGGUCUGCAGAGAGCAGUAAGUCAAGUGGCAGCAAUAAAACAAGCGAAAGCGAUAAGACAGGUUCUAGCAGUAAGCGCAGCAGAGCAGGUAAAACGAGCGGCACCAGCAAGACAAGUGGAAGCUACAAGUCGGUCAGAAGUACUAAAAACGCGCACCUCAGCAGGGACAGUGAAACUAGUAAGACGAGUGGAUCAGGUGGGAUCAGCAAAACGGGUAGAAAAAGUGGAGGGUCUAGUGAAAUCAACAAGACCGGUGCCAGCAGCAAGACCGCCGACAAUAGUAAGACCAGCGGCAACCGUAAAAGAAUAGAAACGAGCGAAAGUAUAGAAACCCACACUAGUUUAGAGACCGGCCGAACCUCGAACUCAAAUCAAUGUAUCGUCACAAGCCGGAACAGUCCACAAAUCGACUCAACUGGUGUCACCAGCACAAAUGCUGAUGAUAUUAGUGUGCAUAGUAGAAUUAAACGAACGAAGAAUUCAAACAAACCCAGUAAAACGCUUGAGACUCACUCCAUAAUCAAAGGCUUGCGUUUAGAAAUCGAGAAACGCAACAAAAGGCGUUCAGCGCAUAUCGUCGACGUAGAAGGGGCUCAUAGCCCGAAAAUGGAAAAACAGUGCCCUAAACUUGCUAAGCCACCUACACAACGGCUGGGUGGCGAUAUCUGCGCAUACGGUCGGCGUGGUAGUGGUUCGGGCGAUACUUCGCACAGAUAUGGCGCAAACAUAAACCGAACACGACCCGCCAAACCACCAACAAAGUAUACACCCACUGAAAAGAUAACACCACUAAUGCGUCUUGCCAAAAGUUCCCUUAAACCCGCCACAGUUUGUGGUGCUAGCAGCGUUAGUGAUGAUCUUCACUUUCGUCAUAGGCGUAAGAUAGUUAAAAAGCCCGCCGUGCGUAUCUCCAAACCAAUCUUGGCUUUGUUCGGCAAGAAACGUACGCCCUCCAAUCACAUGAUGGCCUUGUGUAGUAGCAGAUCCAGAUGUUUUCUAAUUAAAGGCAACUGACAGCGUCGCAUGUGAGCGUAUGAGUCGAAAUUGUUAUUGUGCGAAAUUUUUAAACUCUUUCAAUACCUAAAAAUUCUCUACAGCCUCUAAAAAAUAUGUGGUUUUGUAAUAAAAGGGAAAAAUUUGAUACAAAACUACAUAUUUUUUUUUACUUGUUUUAAAAUGAUUUUUGUACUUUAUUAACGGUUUCAUUUUUCAUAGAAAAACCACUACUGUAUUCGACUAUAGUUUAUAGCGGUUGGCCGCAAAUAAAUUACUAUAGUUUUUCUAAAAAAAAUUAAUUUUUGUUUCAAGGUUUUAAAACAUUAAGUUUUGUUCUCACGCAGAACGUUAUGUUUUAACUUGUGAACUUUAUUUUGGCUCUCAAAUUUUGUGUUUAAACUCGUAAAUUUAGCGGUUUAAGUCAAGAACUUUCG